AAAAAAAUAGCUCGGUUAGAGCUUCGCGUGUUGUAUCAGCCUGUCCUGUCAAACAGCGCUGGGGGUGCGCCAUGGUUGUGCAGUUGUGCUCAGCCAUGUCUCUCUUUCUCUAACAUGUUGUACCUCUGCGCCCUCGUGAGCCCCCAUUCACUCUCACCUCACUCUCUUUGGCUUUUCACGCCAACUUUCGAGCCUCACCAGACCUGAUUUUGCCCCAUCACUGUGCAUUCAUCUGUCGCUCCAUUGUUCCCUCUAUCCUUCCCUCGUAGCAUCUACCUAGCCAAUUAUGCCAUCUGCGCUGGCGCUGCGGCGCAUUGCCGUUGUCACUGCUCUGGCAGCUUGUGCGACUGCUCAACAGUGCUACUACCCCAAUGGCGACAAGGCCCCCGAUACUGAGCAGCCUUGCUCCUCAGCAGAAGGCUCAGCCUGCUGCCCGGAAAAAUGGCAGUGCCUUGACAAUGGCCUUUGUCACUAUCCUGCUAAUAAUUUGUACGGCAGAUAUAGCUGUACUGACAAGAGUUGGAAGUCGGAAGGCUGUCCCUCCAACUUGUGCACUUACGAUCUCAAAGCUGCUGGCGGCGAGUCGAUAACAAAAUGCUCCGACCACAACGACCAGUGGUGCUGUAACGCUGAUGCUGUGCAUGUCAAUUGCUGCCAAGAGUCUCCAUCUCCGCGACCCUUCUUUGCCCUACAGAAUCCAGCAGCAUAUGCCACUAUUGGCUCCAUGACAGCAUCAACCGCACCAAACCUUGCAAGCAUAACAGGCCAAGCAAGUGGAAGUGGCUCUGGAGAUCAGAUGUCAGCAUCGCCAACAUCUGCGCCCCAGUCUUCUUCACCAUCUUCACCCGCGUCCUCGCCGCCGACUUCAAAUACCCUAUCGUCUCCUCCCUCACGUGAUUCAUCUGUAUCGGCAGAUGCGCGCUCAUCUGCUACACCAUUCACUUCGGUCUUUUUCAGUCUUUCAUCAGGGUCUACUGGAUUUGUCAGUGUCCCUGUCACAAGCGUCCUCACGCCUACUUUGGGCACUAGCAAUGCAGCAAACGGUGGCGGUAAUGAGGGCGGAUCAAACUCGAACUUGGGGUUGAUAAUUGGCUGUGCAGUGGGCAUUCCUUUGGGACUUACUUUGAUUGGCAUCGUCCUCUUACUUUUCCGGAAGAGGCGCCAACAAAAGAGUAACCCCUACAGCAAAGCUGAUGGAGCGGAUGAAGACAACUCAAACAUUGCAGGUACUGCUGGCGCCAAACUGACAAAGGAGGAUAUGUACCGUAACUCCGCGUCUGCUGCUGAAAUAGAUGGAAACCCUAUAGGCGUUGGGCGACCAGUCUCCACUGUUCAAGGCCACGCAGAACUGGCAUCAGGAAAUGGAUUCCAGGCAGGACACAGCACGCCCUACAGACCAGAUGCAGUUGGCAUCGGUGGCGGAAAUCUCCAUCCAGAUCGAAACACUUGGAAUAGUGUGCCACCCCGAUACUCGCCGGGGCAAAGCCAAGCGCCUUUUAGUCAUCUAGCAGCGAGCGAGCUAGCAGAUACAAGCAUCAGACCAACCGUCAAUGAGAAGGGAGAACAACAGUAUGUGGCAUACAAACCGCAACCAGCAGCAGAGAUGCCGACUAUAACGACUCCACCCGAGGAUGUGGAGAAGAAUUUGCGUCCGUAAAGAAGGA